AUGAAAGUUAUAAACACCCAUGGAGAGGCGAAAGCUCUACCCGCCGAUUAUAUCGAAAGUUUUCUAUCAUUGAGAGUGUAUUCCAUAUCAGAAGGCGUAAGCAGGGUGUCCCCCAUUUCCCCCCACAAUUUGCUCCUCCGGUAUCAACUUCGGACGCCGCGAGGUAUCAGCGGUACGGUGGGUGCUGUUCCAUGGCUAUUCUUCUCACAUGGCGUAGUACUUGAAACAGCUCAUGGUACAUGGUUCUCUACACAUAUGAGCGAUGAGCAUGAGAGAGAAGGACCGAUAUGA